AUGACUGUGACUGGGGAGCCUCCGAAACAAAGCAUUGGGAAUCCUGAAGAGGUGGUGCACUACUUAAACCUGCUCCUCUGCAGCCUCAUCUUCAUCGUUGGGAUUACCGGGAAUGGGAUUGUCAUCUGGUUUACCGGUUUCCGGUUGAAGAAGACCGAAUUCAACAUGUGGUUUCUCAACCUGGCACUGGCAGACUUCUUCUUCAUCCUCUGGCUGCCUCUUCGAAUGGUCAGUCUCUUCCUGCGCCACUGGCCCUUUGGUUUGGUGCUUUGCAAAGGGUAUUACUUCCUUUCCACUGUCAACAUGUACACCAGCGCCUUCAUCCUGAUGGCCGUCAGUAUUGAUCGCUGCAUCGCAACGGUCUACCCGCUGUGGCAUCGUAACCACCGACCAAAGCGACUCGCUCAAAAGGUUAGUCAGUGCCUGUGGGUCCUGACCUUCGCCAUGAGUCUGCCUUUGGCUUUUUAUUCAACACUUAAAGAAACCAAAAAGAACGUUUUGAUCUGCUCUGUGGAUAUAUACGUUGCCAGCAAUGUCUCGGACACACAAAACAGCACUUCUCAGAGGGGACGACAAAUGCUGGCCAAUGUUUUAGAGGUCUUCCUGCCCAUUUUCAUUUGUGGCUUUUUAAUUCCCCUCGGAGUCAUCACCUUCUCCUACUCAGUCAUUGCUUACAGGAUGAAAACUCGGCGGCUCCGCUUCAAUAACCUCUACAGAUUGCUUGCAGCAGCCGUGCUCUCCUUCUUCAUCACCUGGAUGCCUUCUCGCAUUCUUGGGAUAGUCCAAGUGAUUGCCAUUUACUCCCUAAGAAAGGAAGUGCUCCAACAUUUACAACUGUACCUCCCUCUGGCCUCGAGCAUUGGCUACAUAAACGGCUGUAUCAACCCCAUCCUGUACGUGCUCCUCAGAAAGGAGUUCAAGGACAAGCUGUGGGCUCUGAAGGAAUCCAUGCUCAAAAGAUUGCGGGGGAUAAAGGACUCCAUCAGUCCAAUCCCAUUCCUAGCUCUCAGUGACUCCAUCCUUCCCGGAAUAGCGCUCCCCAGACUGGAACAGCAAUCUCUGCCAGGGCAGGGGGAGCUGGGGCUCUUCAUGGUGUAUAUGGACAAUGUCAGCAACACCACGACUGAAAGCCCCCAACAGAUGCUGCUCAUUUCUUCCUAA